AUGAGCGUCAUCCCGCACGUCCCUGUUAACAACUUCAAUGCCGAACAAACCCAAGCUGCGCUGACAUCUUCUUAUCGCGAGAUUGUCUCCUCGGCAUCUUCUUUUAAAAAUACAGUUGUGUUUAAACCAACUUCCGGAGGCUGGACCUCAUCAAAGCCAGCUGUCACGCCAGGCUCUGCGGCAUCACGGAUUCUUGUUGAUUUAUCAAAAUCUCUAAAGAGCCUAGACACCAAACCCAAAAAGAAAUAA